AUGGUAAAUAGGCUGCGGCCACUAGGAGAUAGAGACCUGCCUAUCUCGCCGUCUGGCAGUCUGUCUAUCGGUGGGUCUUCUUUGAUCUUCCUAUCGUUCUCCCGCUCGGAUCUUGCGGUCACGCUCGUCGAGGUUGGCUAUAUCGAGGGGGCGCGCUUCGAUGCACACUCGCCAAGCCCGCCAUCUCCGUAUGUUCGUAUGCUCGGGUGUUUGGGUAUUUGUGGGUAUGUAUGGGAGCUAAUCCGGCAUCUUCUUCUGGCCGUCCUCCUCGCGAUCGAUUGGCGAGUGGAUUUUGCUGGGUCGAUCGGGCGGGAGAGCCGGUGGCCAGACUCGCGCUGCUCGAGCUCCGAGGCAGCUGACGGCGCACGCGCGAGCGUGCGCAGGAAGGAAGGCCCUGUCGCUCGCCUCGGUCGCCGUGAGCGGCCCUCCUCCUGCUCCUUCGAGCGGCAGGCGUACGCGUCAGGUGUCAGCACUCCCGCUAUUCCCAGCGCAGCCACACGCGCACGCUCGCUCGUUAAUGCCUCUGAGCACACGUUCCCUGCGCGAUUUCUGCGGCGACAGGGCUCCACGCACCCCAUGCACCCCAUGCACCUGCCGUUCGCGUACAGAACGCAAAGUCGCCCACGGGGAAGAUCUUCCCCGCCUUCUGCCAGUGGCUCUCGUCUGGCACCGCGCGCCUUCGACUUCCCACUGUGCCCUGCGCACCGUAUACGCACCACGCACUUGCCGUUAUCAACGUACCGAACGCCAGGUCGAUCGCGGGGGAUCUUCUUUGUCUUCUGCGAGUGGCACUGCGCGCUUUCUGCGGUGCCUGCCCUGCUCGCUACCAGCUCCACGCACCGUUACACACACACGCACGAUCGAUCCCGCGAGGAGGCGGGGCGGGGGCUUCCCAGUCUUCUGCCAGCGCCUCCCGUUUGGCUGAACCUGGCCGAACCCCCUUCUGCAGCAUCCACCGAACAGAGCCCCACCGUGCCGCGUCUGAGAAGCAGGCGCCCUCGCCGUCCCUCGAGUGAAUAA